GCUGUUGCACUCACCAUAGCAGCUUUUUUCUGUCACUAGAAGGGUGUCUCUUUGCUUCUGCAAUAUGUCUUACAGGUCCUUCAAACAGACAACCAAGUCAAGCCAGCAUGGCUCAGGAGGAUAUGGAGGCAGUCAAGUUGGCGGUGGCUAUUGUGGUGUAGGGGCUGGAGCUGGCUUUGGUGGUGACUUUGGUUUUGGUGGAGGUAUUGGCGGUGGUGCUGGUGGUUAUGCCAGUGGAUUUUCUGCUGAUGGUUUUGGUGUAGGUGGUGGUUUUGGUGGUUCCUAUGGUGGUGGUGGUUCCUAUGGUGGUGGUGCCUUUGGUGGUUCCUAUGGUGGUGGUGCCUUUGGUGGUAGUGGAGGUGGAAAUAUGGGCGUCUUCGCAGUUAAUGAGAAGCUAACCAUGCAGAAUCUCAAUGAUCGCUUGGCAUCUUAUCUGGACAAAGUCCAUGAACUGGAAGCAAAAAAUACUGAGCUGGAACGGAAGAUUAAGGACUGGUAUGACAAACAUGGGCCAGCACCUCCUGAGGCACCAAAGGACUACAGCAAAUAUUUCAACCAAAUUGAGGCCCUUAAAGUACAGAUCAUCAACGCAUCCAAAGACAAUGCAGCAAUUUUAUUACAGUGCGACAAUGCUAGACUGGCUGCCGAUGACUUCAAGCAGAAAUAUGAGAAUGAACAGGUCAUUCGCUAUUCAGUGGAGGCUGAUAUCAAUGGUCUGCGUAGAGUCCUGGAUGAGCUUAUCCUGUCCAAGUCUGAACUGGAAGCUCAGCUUGGGAGUCUUACUGAGGAACUGGCCUAUCUCAAAAAGAAUCAUGAUGAUGAAAUGAAAGCCAUCAAAGCACCAGAAACUGGUAAAGUUAGUGUUGAAAUGAACGCAGCACCGGGCACGGACUUGACCAAAAUCCUGAAUGACAUGAGAGCUCGGUAUGAAGACCUGGCUAGGAAUAACCGCCAAGAAGCAGAAAACAACUUCAACAAAAUUAGUGCCGAUUUGAAAAACCAAAUGCAACACGUACAGAUUACCAUUGAUGAAAGCAGGACAGAAGUAACAAACCUUAAAAAAACACUGCAAGCCCUACAAAUUGAGCUUCAGUCACAACUUGCCCAGAAAAACUCCCUGGAAAUACUGUUAGCAGAGACCGAGGGAAGAUUCUGCAUGAAACUGUCACAUAUCCAGGAGACCAUUGCCUGUGUAGAGCAGCGGUUGGCACAGCUCAGAGCUGAGUCCGAGUGCCAGAAAGCUGAAUACCAACAGCUCUUGGAAAUGAAGACUAAGUUGGAGAAUGAGAUUGCAACAUAUCGAUCCCUCCUGGAUAAACUAGGGUCCAUACAAAUCAGUCAAGGACAGGGACAGGGACAAAGCCAAGGACAGGGUCAAAGCCAAGGACAGGGACAAAGCCAAGGACAGGGAAAAGGACAAGGCAGAGGUUCUUGGAAAUCAUAAGCGAAGCUGUUCAAGCAUUGGGCUGAAAAGUUGCUGCAUCCAUGGUGGUGGAAGUUGAAGAAAAUAAAAACCCCAAAACAAGGCAGUUUCAGCCCAAGCAGCAGAGUUAAUAUGUGUUACUUUCUGAGGGACUGCUUUAGACUGGGGAGUAAGCACUUGGAUUGCACUAGAUAUGUCACUUCUUGCUGUUUCUUGUUUUUUUCUCUUUGCAUUCUUUUCUCAAUAAACUCUUUUCUGAUGCAAGUUA